AUGACGUCUCCAAUUUCAUCCAAGGACAAGUUCUACGAGAAGGUCAUCAAUCCCUACCUUCCGGAGGUGAUGAAACACCCUCAAGCCAAUGAGAUGCGUGAGGGGGUGCUUCACAUUCGGGGUGUUCAAGGGCCAAAGAAGACCGGAAGCAUGGAGACCAGGCUCGAGGAGGUGGAGCAGGAAAUCUUCAGGUGCCAAGGGAUGGUGGAACGCGGACUCAACGCCAACCACUCCAUGAUCACGGAAUUCACCCGUGAUCACAAGCUGGACAACGAAAAUAUUGGAGAAGCCAUGUUCAAGCUUCACGAGCGAAUUGAGCACCUCCAAGCACAGAUCUAUGACCUACAAAACCAAAAUUGUGAGUAUGAGUCCAGAUUUAAUAGAAUGAGUUUAGCUAUAGAUUUCAGGAUUCCAUAG